AGCGGCAGAGCCGGAAGGAAAGCCGAGACCUGAGGCGUUCAGGCAAGAUGGCGGCGACCAAGAGGAAGCGGCGUGGAGGCUUGGCGGUUCAGGCGAAAAAACCAAAAAGGGAUGAAAAAGCUGCCAAGCAGCCAGCUAAGCUGCGCGACAUGGCAGAAGAGGUGGAAGAAGAAGAGAGAGACCGUAUCCCAGGCCCCGUUUGCAAGGGCAAGUGGAAAAAUAAGGAACGGAUUCUUAUCUUCUCUUCUAGAGGAAUAAAUUUCAGAACGAGACAUUUAAUGCAAGACUUGAGAAUGUUGAUGCCUCAUUCUAAAGCAGAUACAAAAAUGGAUCGUAAAGACAAGUUAUUUGUCAUUAAUGAGGUUUGUGAAAUGAAAAACUGCAAUAAAUGUAUCUAUUUUGAAGCUAAGAAAAAACAGGAUCUCUAUAUGUGGCUUUCAAAUUCACCUCAUGGGCCAUCUGCUAAAUUCCUCGUUCAAAACAUCCAUACCCUAGCUGAACUAAAGAUGACCGGAAACUGUUUGAAAGGUUCUCGGCCCCUUUUGUCUUUUGACCCCGCUUUUGAUGAAUCACCACACUAUACUUUGUUAAAAGAACUCUUAAUUCAGAUCUUUAGUACACCACGAUAUCAUCCCAAAAGCCAACCGUUUGUGGACCAUGUAUUUACUUUUACCAUUCUGGAUAAUAGGAUAUGGUUUCGGAACUUUCAGAUAAUAGAAGAAGAUGCUGCUCUUGUAGAAAUAGGACCUCGCUUUGUCUUAAAUCUCAUAAAGAUUUUCCAGGGAAGUUUUGGAGGACCAACUUUAUAUGAAAAUCCUCACUACCAGUCACCAAACAUGCAUCGGCGUAUUGUAAGAAGCAUCACAGCUGCAAAAUACAAAGAGAAACAACAAGUGAAGGAUGCGCAGAAAAUGAAAAAGAAAGAACCAAAGACUAUUCUUCCACAUGAUCCCACUGCAGAUGUUUUUGUUACACCAGCUGAGGAGAAGCCAAUAGAAAUACAGUGGGUAAAGCCAGAGCCCAAAGUCGAUUUGAAAGCAAGAAAGAAAAGGAUUUAUAAAAGGCAAAGAAAAAUGAAACAGAAGAUGAACAGUGGGAAUGCAAAAUGAAUCAGUGGAUAACUAACUUUUCAGUAAUUUUAUAUUUAUUUUGUAUUCAGUGUGUAAAUACAUUUUAUUAUCCAGGACUACCUUAUAUCUUACUAGUGUGGCAAUUUAGACAAAGAGAUACCAAAUUAAAAUUUGUGGCUUCAGUGGUGUGUAUGUUUUUCUGAAUGUCACCAAAACUCAUCAGUUCAUUUCUGUUUUUCUUUUCAAAGCUUGUUUGGUAUUACUGAAAAUUCAGCACACUUCAGGUUUAGGCUUGCUUUCUUGGAUUAAAAUUUUGGAUUUAGCGAAGCUGAAAUUCAAACAGAUUUAUUGGGUCAUUAUUACUUGUAAAACAAUGAAUUAGGUACUUAGUUUCGGAUGAUAAAGUGCAGAUAGAUUGGUAGAAAAAGCAUCUUACUGAGAGUCCCUGAGUCCCAAUGAAUGAGGCCUUGGAAAAGCCAAUCCUUGAUCUUGAUUUCUCACCUCAAGAAAGUACAGUAGGAUGUCUGGGUGGCUCAGUCAGUGAAGCGUCCGCCUUCAGCUCAGGUCAUGAUCCCAGGGUCCGUCCAUGGAGUCAGGCAUCAUUGGGCUCCCUGCCCAGCAGGGAGUCUGCUUUUCUCUGUGCUGCCCCCUAGAGUAGGUGUGCGCUCUCCCUCCCUCUCACAAAAAUAAAUACAAUCUUAAAAAAAAUUUUACAAUAAAUUUUAGGUUCUGAGAAUCAAAUGAGUUAAUACGUGUUUGGAAGUAUUUGUAGAUUAUAGAUUUAAUUUAGAAGCAGUGGGUAUAAAUGAUAAUUUAAUAGUAAAAGGAAGAAAAGUGGAACAGUAGUUGGAGGGCACUAGAAUAUUGAGUUGAUAUUUGAGUUGCUCCCCUAAUGAAAGAACUGAGGUGAAGAGCACUGGGCUUACCCUUCUAGAGGUCAGUUAGUAGGAGGGAAAGACAAGAUUCUGGGUGCUAGUGGCUGUGGACAGGUAGGUGGCCGCUGAAGAGACUGAGAGAUGUGCACAUGUGUAUAUCAUGUGUUUGGUGUUCUGUGACCCACUUAUUUUUAUAUCCUAUUAAUCACUUCCUCAUGUCUUUAUUAUACAUGACUAAUAAUUGCAUCGUAUUCUACUCUGCUAUACUGUACUAUCUGUCCCUUAUGGGAUAUUACAGUAUUUCAGGUAUGGAUGCUUAUGGCAAACAUUUCUUGACAUAAAUUAUUUUGUACCACCUUGUGGUUUCCUGUAAGUGGAACUCGAGUGAAAAGAUGCCCCCCUAAAUAUUGUACUUCACCAGAGGUCAGUGUUCAUCUAUUUACUUGUACCCUUGUAUAGUGAAAUAACUUUUGUCAGUUUGGUAGGUUAAAAAAAGAAUACCCUUUUUUGGGUAGAUACUGGUUUUUCUUUUGUGACUAAUCUUGUUUUUGUGUGGUAGUUAUCUUUUACUAAUUUGUAAGAACUCUUCUAUGGCAGGAUUACUCUAGGUAUCUUUCCUAGUUCCUCAGUUGUGUUUUAAUUUUGUUUAUUUGGAAUCUGUAGGCAGAACAAUCAAUUUUCCAUUAUAUUUCAUUUUUUCUUAAUUUCAAAGAAAGGUCUUGAAUGUAAAAUUAGGCCACAUUAUUCUGAAAUAGUCUAAAUUAGGCUACUUACCUUGAAAUCUAUACUAAUCAGGUAAUUCAGUUCAGAAGUUCACUUUAAGUACUUGUGCAUAGCUAGUGAAGGCCAAUUUCGGUAAGUGCAGGGGGAGAACAAGCUUGUUUAUUUAAGCAAUUGAAAAUAGCCUGGGAUGAAAAGAAGCUGUAUUCAGGAUUUGUAUUUAAACACCCACAUCCCAAGAAGUUAAUUAUAGGUUAUAAAAUAGACUGGCUCAACAAGUUGUUUGAAUGAAGACCCAAACUUUUAAGAUUUUCUGAGGUGUGUGUCGUAGAGUUUUAGUGGCAUUUCUUUAACAAUUUUGAUGAUCAGUUUCUACAUAUUUUCCUGUCCCAAAUUACUUCCCUUUCACGAUCAUAUGUGUAGCUCAUUUGAAUGAGAAUUCCUUUUUUUUCAACUCCUGUUCAUUGAGAAGUCAACUUGUUCAAUAAAGGUAAUCCCUUAAACUGAAA